CUGCUCUGCUCAGUUUUUCAAGAUGUCGUCGCUGGAACAGAGGCUGUCGCGAAUCGAGGAGAAACUAAAGCAGGAGAAUGAAGAAGCUCGCCGGAGAAUCGACCUCAACAUCGACAUGAGCCCGCAGAGAUCCCGUCCGAGGCCGAUCAUCGUGAUCCAGCUCAGUCCUGCUCCAGCCCCUUCCCAGCGCGCAGCGCUCCAGCUGCCCCUGGCCAACGAUGGAGGCAGCCGCUCGUCGUCUUCAGAGAGCUCGCCUCAGCACCAUCCCUACCCCAGCCGCCCGCGACACAUGCUCACCCUGCCCACGCCGCCGUACGGCCUGCAGAAGAGCCUAGAGAAUGCAGAGAUCGACCAGAAACUGCAGGAGAUCAUGAAGCAGACGGGUUACCUGAAGAUCGACGGUCAGCGGUAUCCAGCAGAGGUGACCGACCUGAUCAGUGAGGGCGAGAUCGGCAGUGGAACGUGUGGACAGGUUUUCAAAGUGCGGUUCAAGAAGACCGGCCAUGUCAUCGCUGUCAAACAAAUGCGUCGUACAGGAAACAAGGACGAGAACAAGCGGAUUCUCAUGGACCUGGAUGUGGUGCUGAAGAGUCACGACUGCCCGUACAUCAUCCAGUGCUACGGGGCCAUAGUUACUAACACGGAUGUAUUUAUCGCCAUGGAGCUGAUGGGAACGUGUGCUGAGAAGCUGAAGAAAAGAAUCCAGGGCCCCAUCCCAGAGCGAAUCCUUGGAAAGAUGACAGUAGCAAUCGUGAAGGCGUUGCUGUACCUGAAAGAGAAACACGGUGUCAUCCAUCGGGACGUCAAGCCCUCCAACAUCCUCCUGGACGAUAAAGGUCAGAUCAAACUCUGCGACUUCGGCAUCAGCGGACGCCUCGUCGACUCCAAGGCCAAGACCCGCAGCGCCGGCUGUGCAGCCUACAUGGCGCCGGAGAGAAUAGACCCUCCAGACCCCACCAAACCUGACUACGACAUCAGAGCAGACGUGUGGAGCCUCGGCAUCUCUCUGGUGGAGCUGGCCACGGGACAGUUUCCCUACAAGAACUGCAAGACAGACUUUGAGGUUCUGACCAAAGUGCUGCAGGAAGACCCUCCUCUGCUGCCCCUCGGCAUGGGCUUCUCCCUCGACUUCCAGUCCUUCGUCAAAGACUGCCUCACAAAGGAUCACAGAAAACGGCCAAAAUACCACACGCUGCUGGAGCACAGUUUCAUCCGUCGUUACGAGGUGCUGGAGGUGGACGUGGCCGGUUGGUUCCAGACGGUGAUGGAUCGCACCGAGUCGCCUCGCAGCAGCCAGUGUUACAGCCAUCAGCACCAGCUCCACUCGCUCUUCAGUAGGUAGCCUAGCUCAGCCCGACGCUAGCUUAGCCAGACGCUAGACUAGCCUAGCUUGUGGCUUUGCUGAAACCCCAGACUCCAGUCUGUCCUAGUCUAGCCCAGCGUUAGCAGCUAAGCCUAGCGUUAGCGUUAAAGAGCCCGCCUGUCCAUCUGUCCACCGGAGAACCCGAAGAGCCCACAGAGGAGGGGGAGGAGUCUGGACGGGCGGAUGGAGUGAUUGACGGAGAGACGGACUGAUGGAUGUUUUUUGUCUUUGUGUUGAAUCUGGACAGACAGACACGGGAUGGACGGGGUAGUGAAGGGUGCACUCUGUAGCUAGCUUCAUUCUCUACACGCGACUCGCCUCGCUGUGUGUGUGUGUGUGUGUGUGUGUAUAUAUGUGUGUGUGUGUUUCUACAUUUCAUCCACAUCCGUUAGUCUUUCACCUACACGUCCGUCUCCAGCAUUGAUCCACGCCGUUGGAUCAGUCGACAGAGUAGUCACUACACACUGGAACGAAGCGUCUGCUACGUUUAGUAAAAACAGGAAGCUCUUGUACAUAAAAGCCGUGGAGGAGGACACGACACUGUCUGGGUGCAAUUAUGACUCUUCAGGUGUUUCUACUAUCACACACUCUCAGGCUGUAUGUGUGUGUGUGAUCCUGAGCGAGUGUGUGUGUGUGUGUGUGUGUGUGUGUGUGUGUGUGUGUGUGUGUGCGUGCGUGCACGUGUGUGUGUGUACGAUGUAAACCCAUCUGUAAGUAAACCAAAUAUCAUUUUCACUAUGCAGUCAUUCAAAGCAUGUCAGCUUGCUUGGGGUGGGAAAACGCCUCGUGUACAUACACAGAUUUAUCGUUGGCGACAGCGCGCGUUCCCUCCUCCCGGCGGUGAGACUCUGACGUCACCUCGCCGCCUUCUGCUACUUCACAGAGAGAGAGAGAGAGAGAGAGAGAGAGAGAGGACGGAGCAAGAGAUGUGUUUUGAAUGAGCUGACAAAUAUUUAAGGAUUGUAUUUGGGUCGGGGAGGGGGGGGGGGGUGAGGGUUAGACUGGGAUUUGUAGUUUUUGGGGGAGAUACAGAUCAAUGCUGUAAAGUAUAUCAGCUGCAUGUUAUCGUCACGGUUACCCGCCAUUGUUUUUGUGGGUUUUUUUUAGUUUUUAUUCUUCCAUGACGUCGGUCGGUCGGUUCGGGCGGGGAUGGAUGCACAAAACUUUAUCCUUAUUUAUGAUUUCUACACUUGUAGUCGUACGUUUGUGUUCUUAGGAGAAGACUCAAUUCUUUUUCUGCCUUUAUUAUUAUUUUUGUUUUGUUGUUUUUCACUUUGGACCGCGAGCUAAACGAGGAGGAGUGCGAGGCGGAGCUGUGUCUUUAUCAGCGGACAGUGUUUGUUAGAGAGAAGAAGAAAAGUCCUGUUUCCCCCUCGUGUGUGUUUUUCAGUCAGCUGAGCGGCGUGCGUGAUGUUUAUUUUGUGUACCAAAAGUCUUUAUUGAUGGUGAUUAUUAUUACUAGCUUUUAUUUUGUUGUUUUUAUUACUAUGAUUAUUAUUAUUAUUAUUAUUAUUAUUAUUCUUCAGGGCAAAGUUGACACCAAAUUGAACAAAGAAAAUAAACGUGUGGCAUUCGGAGAGCGCGCCGAGAGCUGGAUGCAGGUUUAGUCUCAACCUGGCGAGGAGGAGCGCUCGCCAUCCUCUCUCCAGCCGGUUUGCGUCGCCACGUUAAGAUCACCUCCGAGCUGAACUUGUAAAAGUAUUUUUUUAUGAUUUUUAUCUUUAUUUUAAUGUUUUCCUUUCGAUCGAUCUCUCGUUGGGUCGCAGAUUGUGUGCUGUUAUUUAACUCCUCCCCCCCGCCUCACAAACCCCGCCCACUUUUUAUUUGACUUCAUGAUUACUAUCGCUCUGGUUUGUCUGAUGCUGUAGUCGAGAGCUGAUUGGUCGGACGGCAGAGCGAUGUUUUUGUUCUGAGGCUGUCGUGACGGAUGUUGCACUUGUGUUGGGUUUUUGUGUGUUUUUGUUUUUGUGUCGCCGGUUGUCGUGCGGCGAGGAGAAUAUCGAGUGUUUUCCUUUAUUUUCUUUAGUCACAGCAGAUAUUUAAUCAAUCGUAGAUCUGUGACGCAGAGCAAGGAAAUGAUUCUACAGUGUAUUUUUCUCACUGGUAUUUAUUUAUUGGUCAUUUGUACGUUUUUGUUUUUUUGUUUUAUUUUGAAAUGUAUUUUAUUUUGAAAGAGGGCAAACAGGACGUAGGAGGAGGAGUCGUUUCUCAUCAGCAUUUGAUCAGUGUAACACAAAGUGUCAUAUUAAUGUAACCGGUUCAAAAUAGAACAUUUACAUCACAGGACGGCGAGCUGUUUCACGCUUCACUGUGACGUCAUGAUCGUGGUCAUUGUUUACCCUUUGAGACGACGAGCCCCACAAACAAACAGCAUGAUGUUUUCUGAGCUCGCCUGCUGUGUCUAUAACUCACAGCCAAACUCUGAACGCCGGCUUCAGCGCUGGCGACAUCCGUUUUUUGUUUUUUUUAUUUUGAAGUAUUCUCGCAGACUGAUUGGCUCAUUAGGAAUCUGAACUCCCAGUAAUGGAGGCGGCGCCGCCCGCCUCUACGUUUCAUUUGAGGAUUUUAGUUUCAAUUUUUUUUUUUUUUUCACUUCUGAGUCUGCACGACUUCGCUCGUGUCGAUUCAGGGCAGCAGAGGUCGCUCUGAUUUCAGUCGGUUCAAACGCUUCUUGUAUGUACGUCACCAUGGAUACAACGUCUCGAUGGUUGUAUCAGUCGACUCAGCUUUACUGUUUCUUUGAUUUUACAUUUUGUUUGUUUGUUUGUUUUUUUUGGCUGUAUUUUGUCCCCCUCCCCCCCCUCUCAUGAGUCUCAUUUCAAACAGAAUAAAUGCCAUUAUAUUGUGAAUACCUCAGGAUUUUUUUGGAGAAAAAACAACAACAAAACACCUAAAAAUCAAAUAAAUAAAUAAAUAAAAACUCAUAAAAAGUU